UCUUCUUUAAAAACUAUUUCUGAAGUCGUAGACCGGAGAAAACAGUCCAAGAAUCGUCAAGAUGGGGAACUGUCUACUUUCGACAGUUCCAUUGGAGUGCUACUCUCGUGUCUCGGUUGUGUCGUGGGAACAGGGAGUCUUACAUUCUUGAUCGCAUGGGCAUUUUCACUUUUCUUCUGGUCGUUGCCCCUCAGUAUUGUCGAGUACUCACUUGGUCGAUUCACACGAACAUCUCCGUUGGGCGCGUUCCACAAAUUCCUUGGAAAUAGGUUGAUUUGGUUGGGUGGAUGGAUUGUGGGCGUGACUUAUAUGAUCACCGCCUAUUUUUCCGUUAUUGUUGGCUGGUGUCUAUACUAUCUGUACAAAUCGUGCGCCUUAUCAAGUUUGCCCCUGGAUGAGGAAACAAGUACAGCGAUUUUCAAUCAAUAUGCUCGGGAUUCCUACUGGCCCGUGUUAACUCACGUUAUCGCUGUUGUGAUUGUGGGUGUGGCCAUCUUUGGUGGGAUCAACUGGAUUGAGAAAGCAAAUAUGAUCCUUGUGCCGAUGCUACUCGGCAUUCUGAUUUUUACCUUCAGUUGGUCACUGACUCGAACCUACGCGGAUGUUGGUAUUACUUUCUUAUUCACACCGGAUUGGAGAAGCAUGCUUACGCCGUCUCUUUGGGUGGCAGCGGCUAGUCAAAAUGCCUUCGAUACAGGAGCAGCCAUGGCGUUGUUCAUAUCUUAUUCAGCCUAUUUCACACGCAAGAAUGGAGCUGUCCGUUUUGGAUCAUCCAUCCCAUUGGUCAAUAACAUGGUCAGUUUGCUGUGUGCAAUUACCAUUUUUGCAACGGUGUUCUCCACGUUGAUUCAGACUUCACCAACACUCACCCGAUCGGGCAUAUUGGAAAUCAUGCAACAAAAUGGUCCAGGGAGUACCGGUCUUACGUUCACCUGGAUCCCAGUCCUGUUUGCCUAUGUCGGCGGAUUCGGGCGGGUAUUGUGUGUGUUAUUCUUUCUAUGUCUCUCCUUUGCCGGGAUCACCUCGCUGAUCGGUCAUGUCCAACUGACUGUGAUCACACUCAAAGAUUUAGGAUUCUCUCAUCGGAAAGCUGCANUGGGCUUAUUCCUCACUCUGACAUUCGGACUUCCCUCGGCCAUGGACAUUCGUGUGCUUACAAAUCAGGAUUCCGUAUGGGGAUUUGCACUCAUGUUGUCCGGUCUGGCUAUGGCUACAUUGGUUAUUGUCUACGGACCGAUGCGAUAUAGAAAGGUGAUUGUGAACGAUUUUGGUGUGGGCGAUUGGAAAUUACCCGUUGUUUGGGUUUUUAUGAUUAGUGUCCUGGUCCCAUUGUGUGGAAUUGGAUUAAUUGUUUGGUGGGCGUACGACCUAGUCCAUUCCAGUGUGUACUGGUACCAUUUGACUCUGGACUCCAUGACGACAACUUUGCUUGAAUGGGUGGUUUUAUUCAUCAUUCUGUUGGUGUCCAACGGAGUUGCACUUUGUCGGAAAAAGGAAUUGUUCCCGAAAAAUAAAUUCGUGGGCUACGAUCCGCACAAUCCGGAGUACACACCAGCUGAUAAUUUGGAGAAUAAUGAUCUUCACUGUAUAGUAGUAUCCGCGUUGAGCGUGAACAGAGAAAAUGACCCGACGGAACAAACAGAAUUGUGA